AUGUCCAAGUCCGUCAAUGUUGCCAUCAUUGGUUCUGGUGUUGUUGGUUCUGCCUUCAUUAGUCAAUUAAAUGGAUUGAAAACAGCUAUCAAGUACAACGUAGUAUACUUAGCCAAAACGUCUCUGGAAGCUCUCUAUUCUUCUGACUACCAGUCUGUCGAUUUGAGUUCCUACAAGACUUCUGCUACUAAACCUACCUUGGGAUUAGACGAAUUGCUCAAGUUCUUGCAAGGAGCCAAGAAAGCAACCAUCUUGGUGGAUAACACAUCUAAUGCCUCUAUUGCUGACUACUAUCCUACUUUCAUAAAGGCAGGGAUCUCUAUUGCUACACCUAACAAAAAGGCCUUCUCUUCUGAUCUUAAGACUUGGAACGAGAUUUUCGCCAAUUCUGCAGUUCCUGGAGCAGGUUUGGUAGCCCACGAAGCUACUGUUGGUGCUGGUUUGCCUAUUAUUGGUCCUUUGAGAGACUUGAUCACCACUGGAGACAAAGUCGACAAGAUCGAAGGUAUUUUCUCGGGAACUCUUUCAUACAUUUUCAACGAGUUCUCAACCACCGAAAAAUCAGAUGUCAAAUUUUCAGACGUGGUCAAGGUUGCUAAGAAAUUGGGUUACACUGAGCCAGACCCUAGAGAUGACUUGAACGGUUUGGAUGUCGCCAGAAAGGUGACUAUCUUGGCCAGAAUUUCGGGCUUUGAAGUCGAGUCGCCAACUUCGUUCCCAGUAGAAUCAUUGAUUCCAAAGGAAUUGGAAGGCAUUGAAAGUGCUGCUGAGUUCUUGGAAAAGUUGCCUAACUAUGAUGCCGAUAUCCAAAAGAUCAAGGACGAAGCCUUUGCAGAAAACAAGACAUUGAGAUUCGUAGGACAAGUAGAUUUCAAGGCCAACAAGGUUUCGGUUGGUAUUGGCAAAUACCCAUUCGACCACCCAUUCUCUGCUUUGAAGGGCUCUGAUAACGUCAUUUCCAUCAAGACGGAAAGAUAUCCAAACCCAUUGAUCGUUCAAGGCGCUGGUGCCGGUUCUGAAGUCACUGCACACGGUGUUUUAGCCGAUACAAUCAAGAUUGCUGAGAGAAUCGCGAACUAA